AUGGCUACUAAGCUCACAAGGAGUCCCUUCUUGUGCGGCCGCUGCCUGCGAUCCAACGGGCGCAACAACACCCGAAUCCAUACAGCUCCCCGCCGAUUUUAUUCCUCCGACCGAUCGUCCGAAGGUACCGAAGCUUCGCCACCCGACCAGAGCAAAUAUGAGCCGCCGAAGGAAAAGGGGGCCAUGUCGCGCAGGCUCGAGGAAGCUACCGAGGAGGCUCUACUCACCGGCGGCCGCGCCGGCCGUCGAGCUGUGGAAGACGCCGGUUUCUCCGAGGAACUGAGGGAGAGGCUGCUCGACAAGGUACAAACGGCCCAGUUCCGAUCGAAAUACGCCUCUGCGUUCGCCGAGGCCUCGAUGCCCGCCGCCGCAGGCGAGGGUACAAGGUCCAUGGCUACUGCCCAGCCCUGGACGGGCGAGGAGUCUCAGUCGGAUACGGUCCUGCGCAUGCUUAACGACGCCAGGAAACCGCUCAAGCCAGAGAUGCGGGGCAAGUUCCAGAUACCACCCGUCGACAUGCGGAUACGGAAAGAGCCCAAAACCAACCCGGGUCAGCGCGCUGCCGACGCACGCGAGCGAGCGAGCACCUACACCGAGAUGGGCCUGAAGGAAGGGAGCGGGCUGAGCGCAAAGGAGCGUGAGGAGAUGAGGCAGGAGUUCCGCGAAAGGUUCGCGGCGGCCGCUCGAGCGGUACCUGCCAGCAUUUCCGGGAUCGAAUCCUUGGCCAACGAGAGGAUCGAGGACGCUAUCGCCCGCGGGCAGUUCAAAAAUAUACCCCGCGGCAAGGGUAUCGAGCGGGACACGAGGGCGGACAACCCGUUCAUUGACACAACCGAGUACAUCAUGAACAAGAUGAUCAAGAGGCAGGAGAUCGUCCCGCCGUGGAUCGAGAAGCAGCAGGAGCUGGCAAAGGCCGCCAGCGUGUUCAGGGCGAGGCUGCGCAACGACUGGCGGAGGCAUGUGGCGAGGAUGAUCUCGUCGAGGGGCGGCAGCUUGGAGGAGCAGAUGCAGCGGGCCGAGGACUACGCCCGAGCCGAGGAGAGGCACAACCCGCGCAAGAAGAAUAGUGACAGCAUCUCUGUGUCCAGCAGCACGACAGACGACCCCGUGAUGGCCAAGAUGCGCCAGCAGGCAGCGGCGGAAGCCGGCGACACGCGAGAACCCGCGUCGCAGCCGGUUUUGGAGGAGCCCGCCCGGCCACCCGUCCAGCCCUUCCGCGACGCGGACUGGCUGGCGGCCGAACGCUCCUACAUGACGCUUGCUGUGGAGAAUCUCAACAACAUCACGCGGUCGUACAACCUCAUGGCGCCGGAGCUCGCCAAGAAGCCGUACUUCUCGCUCGAGCGCGAGAUCGCCGCGUGCUACGCCGAUGUCGCGCCCCUCGUGGCAGAGACCAUCAGGGAGAGGGCGACGAAGCCGACCAAAUCGCUGUUCGACUCGGCGGGGGGAGGCACGAAGACGAUCUUUGACCGCUUCGCGAAGGAGGGCACGACGGCCAGGAUCUAUGACUCGAGGGCUCCUCACUAUGGCUUCAAGGAGAUGUGGAGAGAUCUUUGGAGCUGA